CGUUCUUGACUAUCUACACAAAUCUUCUUGUUGCCUUCGUGUGAGUAGAGAACGACGACGUUCCUUCCUUGUGCUCUGUUCUUCAAGUGAGCAGCAGCUUCUCUGUAUCUGCAGAAGCUCCUUCAGUUCCAAGCUGCUGCUAAUCUUAUCUCAGGGUUGAUCGAUUUCUUCAUUACGCACAAGCAAGGGAGUGAGGAGAAAGACGAAAUCAGAAACUUACAGCAAAGGAAAAGAUUCUUAUUCUCUCGUCGAAAGCCACCGAUGCCGGGUUCCGAUUCUUCUCUCUUCGAGCUCUGUAUUGUUCUUCCUUGUAGAGAUCAUCCCAUGUAGCCACUUGAGGGACACAAAACAUAAGGAAGAAGAAAGGGGAGAAAAGUACAGAUGAACAAGUGCUUCUCCUUCUUCAAGCAACGCAACAUAACAACCUGUCAAUUAGAAGGGGGAAAAAAAAGUCAGGGCGAGAUCAUGGUUUUACAAUCAAAACCUAGGGUCAAAUUGGGAAAAGAAAAUUAACGCAAGAAUUGAAAAUGCCGGGGUGCCAAAAUGACCAUGUUUUUACUACAUAAUGUGCGAAUUAGGGCCAAUUUCCAUUUCAAAUUUCCACAACCAAAUGACCCCCGAAGCUCAGAAAAUUUGUUUGUAACUAUAGUUGUGGGAAGAAAUUUAGGAGUUGUUUGCUUUAAGAUGGAAAAAUGUAUGUGUUUGGGAAAUACCAAAUGUAUGACGGGUUUGUUGAUAUGAAUUCGGAAGAAUUUAUUGUUUAAUUAUUGAAUUUUAUUAUGAAUGUUGCUUUGUAGUUAUGAUCGGUUUUUGGUCCUCACCUAAAUACAAACUCCAAUUAUGAAAUUUGCAAGUUCGUGAGACCCACAAGAAAACGACCCUAGGAAUUAUUGUUAUUAUUUAAGGAUGUACAUGAUAUAUGAGAUUGUGAAAAGUACAUCUAAUUGUUGACUUGUUGCAAUUAAUUGAGCGUCAAACAUAAAAUGUUCAUGCACUCCCAUGACUAAAAAUAAAAUAUGCGUACUACUUAGAAAGUCUAAUGGCCCAAACUAUGAAAGUCUAAUGGCCAAAUUGAACUUCUUGAUCGGUUUGAAAUUUCAGGAAAAAUAGCCUUCUGUUUCCGAUUGCUCGCCCAAAAAGCCCACGCAUCUUCUUCGUACAAAUCGCCUCUCCACCCCAUUUCAUAGUUCCCGUCUCCUUCAUUGAUCCCCUUUCCCAAUCCAAGCAGCUGGAAGUUAACAGCAGCAGCUCAUCUUCACAGUCAUCGCCGUUUCUCCCGACAUAGUCGAGCAGCCAACUCUGUGUCUCUCUCAGGUAAUCACUUUGUUCUCUUCGUCUCUCUCCCUUUGGAAUCUCUCCAUUUCCUACACUUAAUUCGUGAUCUCGUCAUCCUCAUUUCUUUCGGUAGGCAUCAAGCAAAGGGUUUUCCCAGUAUCAGUUGCAGCCGAGCUGCAUCCCCAGAUCGUGAAAUCUGAAUUUGUCCUCCUUGGGGUGUAUUCAGAUGGCGUCCAACGUCCUCUCUGCCGCAGCUUCUGCAUCUCCUUCCACUUCCCCUGUCACUGACCUUCUCAAGGGAAAGGGAAGACUUGGGAGUGGCAAUGUCGGUUCUUUGUUUAUCAAGGACAAAGGCAAUCCCUUUCUGAACUCAAAGUCUUGCGGGAGGAUCAGUAUGGCCGUUGCUGUUAAUGUCUCCCGUUUUGAAGCCAUUACUAUGGCUCCACCCGACCCGAUUCUGGGAGUUUCGGAAGCAUUCAAGGCUGACAAUGAUGAAAAGAAGCUCAACCUUGGAGUUGGUGCUUAUAGAACUGAAGAGCUACAGCCAUAUGUGCUUGAUGUUGUUAAGAAGGCGGAGAAUCUUAUGCUUGAGAGGGGUGAAAAUAAAGAGUAUCUGCCCAUUGAGGGUUUAGCAGCAUUCAAUAAGGUGACUGCAGAGCUGUUGUUUGGAGCUGACAGCCCCGUGAUCAGUGAACAAAGAGUUGCCACCGUUCAAGGUCUAUCUGGUACUGGAUCCUUAAGACUAGCUGCAGUUUUAAUUGAGCGAUACUUCCCCGGUGCAAAAGUUUUGAUUUCCUCUCCAACGUGGGGCAAUCACAAGAAUAUUUUCAAUGAUGCUAGAGUUCCAUGGUCCGAGUACAGAUAUUAUGACCCGAAGACAGUUGGUCUGGAUUUUGAGGGGAUGAUAGAGGACAUAAAGGCUGCUCCUGAAGGAUCAUUCAUCUUGCUUCAUGGUUGUGCUCACAACCCAACCGGCAUUGAUCCAACCCCUGAACAGUGGGAGAAAAUUGCAGAUGUUAUUCAGGAGAAGAACCAUAUCCCCUUCUUUGAUGUCGCAUACCAGGGAUUUGCUAGUGGGAGCCUUGAUCAAGAUGCAGCAUCAGUAAGACUAUUUGCUGCACGUGGCAUGGAGAUUUUCGUUGCUCAGUCAUACAGCAAAAAUCUGGGCCUCUAUUCCGAGAGAAUUGGUGCUAUCAAUGUCGUUUGCUCAUCUACAGAUACUGCAGCAAGGGUUAAGAGCCAGCUCAAGAGAAUCGCCAGGCCAAUGUACUCGAACCCUCCUAUUCAUGGGGCCAGAAUUGUUGCCAAUGUCGUCGGGGAUCCUGCUCUCUUUGAUGAGUGGAAAGCUGAGAUGGAGAUGAUGGCUGGGAGAAUAAAGGGAGUAAGACAGAAGCUCUACGACAGCCUGACCUCAAAGGACAAGAGUGGAAAGGAUUGGUCUUUCAUUCUUAAGCAGAUUGGCAUGUUCUCAUUCACUGGCUUGAACAAAAAUCAGAGCGAUAAUAUGACGAAUAAGUGGCAUGUCUACAUGACUAAAGAUGGAAGGAUUUCAUUAGCUGGACUGAACUUGGCCAAGUGUGAGUACCUCGCUGACGCCAUUAUUGACUCAUACCAUAAUGUCAGCUAAACCUCUCUGCAUCAUCGUGCACUGCAACAGAAGGCAGAAGCAUAGAAGCAGGCUAUUCAAGUUCUUUUGGUUGUUGUUGAGUUGGUAAUACUGCGAAGAUAUUAAUUUCGUCACUAAUAAUCCCCUUGCCUCUCUGUAUCACCCUGAAUCUGGCUGGGGAAGUUUAAUGUUAUUAUUUGUCAGGGUAGUGUAGGAGAAGCCAUACGUACCCUAGAGCAAAGGAAUUGUCGGUAUUGGUUUUUGUUUGUGUCGUCUACUUUAUCAUUUGUAGGGUACUUUAUAAAUUACAUAUCCCAGAAGAAUAAACUGUAUUCACUUUCACAGAAAAUAUGAAGGCAUUCAACACUUGUUUUCUUGUCACCAAAGAGGUAGGACCAUGAAUGGAAAGUCGGAAGUUUUCUGUACACAGAAAUAAUUUGGCUGCAUAUGUAGGUUUAUGUAACAAAAAAAAAAAAAGUCGGAAGUUUUCUGUACACAGAAAUAAUUUGGCUGCGUAUGUAGCUUUCUCAAUGAGUGUUCUAAACUUUACAAAACGUGGAAGAAAAUUUCCCAAACGUGGAGGAAUACCUCUAACGCUACCCAAAAUGAACAAAAAGGGUGGUAUUGUAAUAAAGAUUCAAGCUCGUUGAAAGAAACAGCCCAUAUACAG